AUGGAGGAUGUCGUGGAGGCGUUGACGCCGAGGGCGUUGGCGGAGAGGGCGUUGCUGGCCCCCCUACGCGACGUCGGGACCAUAGCGGGGGCCCUGCGGAACGGCGUCGGGUCCAGCCUUCGAGAGAUGGCAGCGGCCAGAGCCGCGAAGGACCUCUCGGACCUCAUACUACAAGAGGCAGAAUCCUCGGCGGUGGCCGCGGCAGCGGCAGCAGCAGCCGCAAAGGGAGGCGGGACCCGUAAAGCAUCCCCGUCUCGCAGGGGAGGAGGAGGGGUUGGUGCAGGGGGAGGAGGCGGAGGGCUCGACGGGGCUGGAGGCGGAACGAAGCCACGUGGAGGUAGGAAGAAGAAGAAGCCCAAGAAAAAGCGCGGCGGCGGCGGCGGCGGCGGCGGCGGCGGCACCGCUUCGACCACUUCGACCGUCGAGCCGGGGGCGGCAGCAGCAGCAACAGUCGGGUCUUGUUUGCGUGCCGGGGCACGAGGGCGAACGGGUCCCGAAGGAGGGGAACGGGUCCGCCGUGGGGGGGGAGCGGCUGUUGUUGUUGCGCCGAGCGACGGUGGGUUUUCCAGCGACUCGUCGGAAGGCGGCACGGUUGUGACGGGGGCAAAGCGAGCGACGCGUGGUCAGGUGGGGGCCAGGGAGGGAGAAGGGGACGAGUCACUCGACGAUGAGGAGGAGCAGCGAGGCGUGGUGAAGAAGCUGCGGUGGAGGACAGAGGUCGGCCGAACGAUCCCGAGCACAAGACCCGCGGCGGCGAGGCCACCCGCGAGCGUGGCGCCCGUCUCCUCUACUGGCGACGACGACGGGUUCGUCAGUCCCCUGGACCUCAGGCGGAAGGCCAAGCUUCGAGGUCUAGCCCACGCCCUCGUCCUGGACACGGUAGAAGCCGCCCUGGCGCAGUGCAAGCCGCCGCCCCCGCCCCCCGGCGGCAGGAAGUCGUCGACACAGCAGCCUCCGCCGCCUCUGGCGAAUAACCGGGGUGCUGCGGCAGCCGUGAAACGCACGGCAGCAGCGCCAGCGGUGGCUGCCGGUACGACUAUUGCCGAUGCGAAGACGGAGUCUCGCCCAGGAGCAGCAGUAGUAGCAACCAUAUCGCGAACGGCGGCGGCGGCGGCGGCGGGGAUCCCGGAUGCGCCGCUCUCAGCGAGACGGUGGCCGUCUCCCGAACAGGCGACCGCCCACCCGCUCUGGAAGAUCCCGGCCGUGGCGGCAGGCCCGCCGGAGCCCACGAUACCCCCGGAUGCCGGCGCCGGUACGGUCCGCGGGGCCGCGGUGAUGCCCCGCCCCGCGGCGGGGGUCGGCUCUUCCGGUAGCAGCGAAGGCGUUCGGUCGCCGUCGCUGGUGGGGUCGAGGUCGUCUCCGCGCCCCCCCCCCGUUUCGAGGCGGCGGGAGGGGAGGAGGGAGCUCGCCGUUAACGACGCGGACGAGAGGAUGUCGUGCUCGAGCUUCGACAGCCUGGAUGUCCGGGUGGAUGACCAGGACUUCGCGGAUAUCUUGGACACGGCCUACCGGCCCGCGCGAAUGCCCGCACAACUACGAGGGCAGCAGCGGGCGGCGGCGGCUGCAUUCACGGCGCUGAGGCAGCCGCGAGCCGUAGCACCGGGGUAUUUCAUCUCCCCGUCGUCUCCGCGACCACGCCAGACUAACCCCGGGCCACCGCCCGCCCUGCCCACGGCCGCGGCCGCGGCGUUCCACCACCAUGGCAUGGCGCUGGACUGGCGGAACUGCUACGGGGGUAGGGGCGACGGGACGGCGGCGAGGAGGGGGGACGACGCCGCCUCAUCGACGGUGGCGACGGCGGAAUCCGAUGAAGGGAGCGCUGGCAACGGCGACGAUAGCGGUGCCACGCCGCGCAACAGCAACUCCCCCGUAAGGGGGUUAGAGGCGUCGGUCGGGCGUUUCGCGCCGCAGAUGGGCGGCGGCAGCACUUCCUUCUUUGGAGGGCAGGGCCUGUUCAUGUGGCCGCCCUCGAUGGUCGGACGGGCGGACGAACGGUCGGGCGCCUGGGGAGGGGGUGGGGGGAGCGUGAACGCGCUGGGUUCUUGGGGUGGUGUAGGAGGCGGCGGGGGUGCGGCCGUCGGUGACGGUGAUGCGAGUCUUGGCGAGGAGAGUGAGGAUCGUUCCCCUGAACCGGGAGCUGCGGUUUCGACCGCUCAGGGAGAGGAGGACCAAGCGGACCAAGACUUGGAGGUGGGGGGACUGGUGGACGGUGAAAAACCGACCCACGAAAAUGGUGAAGAGGCGGAGAAGGAGGAGGAGGAGGAGGAGAACAAGGAAGCAGGGAAGCCGAUGGUUACAGACGGGCUAGUCCAAGGAGACCAAAAGCACGAAGAAGAUGUUGCCGCCGUCGCCACCGCCGAUGGCGACGACAAUGGCGACAGCGGCGGCUUGAAUGCUAGCGUCUCCGUCAAGGAGGAGGAGGAGGAGGAGGAGGAGGUGGGGAAGGCCGUUCCCGACACACAGAAGCAGUCGGGCGCCGACGCUCUGCCGCCACCAGGAGACGGAGAGUUGGACGAUGCCGAGGAGGAAACGCCCGCCUGGACAGAUGACCCCGAAGGCGACGGCGACGGACGCCUGGAUGACGGGCAUGAUGCGGCUACCGGCCGGCCUUCGCCAGGAGCCGUCGUGCAGAAGAGGCCUUCGCCAGAAGCCGUCGUGCAGAAGAAGCACGUACCGAUCGUUAGCGCACCUCCGGCAGCAUCGGCGGAGGAAGAUGAUCCAGAACAAGCCCCGGCGGCGCCAGCGGCGACAGAGACAGCAACGGGCACCGCGGCCGCGGCCGACCAGCACACGCCUUUCCCCGCCCCGGCAGCAGCAGCGACAGAGACAGCAUCGACCGGGAAAACGUGCUGUUCGUGCGCCUGUCACGUGUUGACCGUGGCGCGGGUCCCGCCCACGCCCCCACGGCGACUGAGCCGUCGGCAGCAACGCAGGAGAGCGUCGGCCCCCGAGAAGCAAGCGCCGCUAUCGGCAACUGGCGUGAGCGGCGGUAACAGCAAUGACGCAGCAGUGGAGGGCCACGGUGGCGUGAUGAGCAGUACGGCCAGCGUGCCCAGCAUGGGGCGAGUGCGCCAGACUCGAGCACCUACCAGCCGCAACCUUAGCGAGGAGUCCCGCCGCCGCCCUAUCCUUGCCCAACACCAGCCCGCGAUGCUCGCUCCUAACGGCGCAGACGGCGGCGGUGGCCGCGUCGCAUCCCCCGACCGCAAGCACGACUACAGCGCGGGGACCCCUCCGCGCACGGAGAGGCCGCAGCCGAGGUCUGCGAGCAGGGGACGCGGCGGCGGCGGCGGCGGCGGUACGGGCGGCGGCGGUGGCGGCAGUGGGUCCUGCACGUCCACCCCGGCCCCGCGGCCUUCUGCGAACGUGCGCCGUCGAAGGAGCGAGUCCGGCCUGGGGUCACUGGCGGCGGUGACAACCGCCAAGACCACGCCGGCGGGCAGCAGCCGGUAUAGCGACGGGUACCCGGGGUCUGCAGGCGGCGGCGGCGGCGGCGGCGGCGGCGGGAAGAUGCGGAGCAAGCGAGCCAGCUCCGAGUCCAACGCCUCCAACGUUGCGGCCGCGGCAGCAGCGGCCACCGGUGGCGGGGGCGGCGGAAUCCCGCCCGCUUGGACGUGGAAGGGCUACCUCAACAACGGCAGCACCGGGAGCGCCGCCGCCGCCGUGGCCGACGGCGUUGACGCCGGCGGCGACGGCCGUGGCUGGUCGUCGACGCGCGAACGGAGCGGCAGCGACGCCGGGGGCACUCCCCUGAUAGAAGUGGCGGGGUGGGAUCGGGAUGCCGCUGCCGGAGGAGGCAGCGGACAAGGCCGCUUCCCUUGGAGGGCAGGGCGUGUCGGCGGCGGCAGCGGCGGCGGCGGGGGCGGCGGCGGGCGGGAAGAACAAGGCCCGUCCAUGUUUCGCUGCCGGGGGGGCUCGUGGGACUCGGACCCCCGCGACGGGUUCGACUUCAGGAUGGACCGCGACCUCAACAGCGGGAGGGCCGGGGGAAGGGCGAGCACGAGGUCGGCGCCGAAGCGGGUCUCGACGCGGCGGAUCUUUCCGGGGGGCGCGAGGAGCAUGUCGGAGGCGGCCGUACGCCGGUUGGCCGACCCGGUGCAGCGGCGGGCCGGGACGGGCAAGGGUUGGAGCUCCGACGGCGAACUGGGGGAUGCGUCCGUGGACGGGGAAGGGGGGGACCAAGGGGACCAAGGAGACUUGUUCCUACGGGUGUACCCGGGGGAAGAUACCAACAGCGUUGGCUUGUCUCGAAGCCUUGGCGAGGGCUUCGACGACAGUUUUGUAUCGGAUGGAGGCCUCGGUGGGAUCGGCGAGGGCGACAAUUGUGGAUUUCCACCCGACUGCGGAGCGCGACAGUCACGAUGGAGGGGGAGAGGAAGGGGGCGGAAGGUGGAGGAAGACAACCUGGUGAUGCGAGACAUGUGCUUGAAGUUGGAGGCGGAGGUUGCCAAGCUUAGAAAUCUCCUGGCAUCGGCACAGGGGGGGGGGCCGUCGCAGGAGAACUUGUCUCAGGCCUCCGGCGGCAGCGGCGGCGGCGGCGGCAGCGGUGGUGGCGGCGGCAGCAACGGUGGGGGCGGCACGUUUUUGUCCGGGUUUGCCGGCGGCGGUGGCGGAGGCGUGCCGAGAAUGUCGCACAUGGCUGUUCCUCUCCCGCUCCCGGCCAGAGACAAUGGCCGCCCACCGCCUCCCCACCAAGUCGCCGGCUACGCCAGCGGUGGGUCGGGCGUGGAGCCCGGAUGGUACAACGGAGGUGUCGGGUGGCCGGCCGGGACGGGAGUUGGAGGAGGAGCAGGCGGGGUCGGGAGCGGGGUCGGCGUCGGCGGGAGCGUGGGGCCUGUGCCGUGGGACGACGACUACCUCGCGCUUAGGGCGCGGCUCGAGGUGCCCUCGCUAGGGUUCGGGUCUUUGAGGCCGCCGGGGCAAGGAGGACCAGCAGGGGGCCACAAGAGAGGCCGAAGCGCUGGCGGGGGGGGUCAGGGCGGCCUUUCCCUGCGGUCCAGGCUGUGCGAGGACCUGUCCCGAUUCUUGCACCUCGUGACGGAGAGAGAGAGGAGGACGUUCGACGCCAAGUGGGUGGCGUACCAGCGGUGCAGGGCAGUCGUGCGUGGCCUGUGGCCACGAGCUCAGGUGAAGCCGUACGGGUCGUUCGUCACGGGACUGUCACUCCCGUGGAGUGACCUGGAUCUGGUCAUCUGCCUCCCCAAGGUGCGGCGAGAUGCGCCGGCGGAUACACCGGGAGCUCUUGAGGGCAGAAACGCCAUCAAGGAGACAUGGCAACAGGAGCUCGCGCGCAGCCUGGGCGGAGAGCGCUGGGUCGACAACAACUCCCUCAAGAUCAUCAGCCACACGGCCGUCCCCGUGAUCAAGCUCACCACCUUCGAGGGGCAGGGGCACAACGGGCAGGCGGCGAACCAGCUGGUGAAGGACCUGGUGGAUGGUUUCCCGGCGCUGCGGCCGCUGGCGCUCUUGCUCAAACAGUUCAUGAUGGAGAAAGGCCUGUCUGUCAGCUACACCGGAGGGCUAUCGUCGUACGCGCUUACCCUCAUGGUCGCAAGGUAUCUUCAAGAGCAGACCAGCCAGAUGGACUCGGGCUCUCUCCUGCUUGGCUUCCUGGACUUCUACGGCAACCACUUCGAUCCGCGACUCACCGGCAUCAGCGUCGGCCGCAGCCGUUACUUCUCCAGGAGCGCGCCCCUGCCCGCGCCCCCCCCUCAGGUGGCGGCGGCAGUUCCCGGGGCCCCCAGCGCUGCGCGGAUGUUCUACGGUCAGGAACAGCUUGGUCACAUUGUAUUGAGGGGGUGGAUUGCGGCUCACAGCGGCGUCGCCGGUAGGGAACGAAGCUCUCCAAAGAUCUUUGUCUGCUCCUCCUCUGCUGCGGCUCAGUCGAAAAACCACAGCAGUACUACAAGUGACUGCAUCGGUGUAUAUGUAACCGACGGAUGGUGCGACUUGGAGAACAACAACGCCGAGUGCAACUGGGACGGUGGAGAUUGCUGCGAGUGCACCUGUGUUGAUAGCCAAUAUGAAUGUGGCAUCCAGGGCUUCUCCUGUCUGGACCCCUCCGCGACUGAUUUAUACGACUGUGGGGAAACGCCGGCCGCUACUCCUUGCUCGGCGGAAGCUCAGGAGGCGUGGGUGGUGGAAGACUCUGCACAGGCACAGGCUCUGGCAGCCAACGUCAACUGUUCCGGCGGGUCGUUCCAGGUGGAGUGGAGAGGAAGCGUGUCCUUAGAUGCACCUAUCUUCAUCGUGCACGGGACCGAUCUCAACGUGACGGGCGGCGGUGAAGCGAGCGCUGUCAUCGACGGGAAUGGAACCACGCGAUUGUUUUCCGUCGACAACGCCACCCUCCGCUUGAGAGGGGUGGAGCUCCGCUCCGGUUUUAGCGCCAUCGGCGGGGCGAUUGCAGCGUCUGGUGCCACGUUGGCGUUUCACAACACAAGUUUUGUCAACAACAGCGCUGGCACUAACGGAGGGGCGCUGUGGUUGACCGAUUCGAGCGUCUCGUGGGGGGGGGGCACAGAAUUCAUUAGCAACACUGCUGCUGAGUCCGGAGGUGCGAUUUUCCUUCUGAACGGAUCGUACGUAAGCUCUACCGGAGACACGAACUUUGUGCGGAACGGCGCACUUGUCGACGGAGGCGCGGUGGGAUCGGUUGCCUCGGACUCUGUUCUGAGCCCCGAAGACUCCACCCUUUCCAUCGAUGGCCCCACGGCUUUCGUGAACAACACGUCCGGAGAGAACGGCGGCGCCUUAGCUCUGCUUGGAGGGCUUUCGAUUUCUGUCAACACGGAGGAAACCAACUUUGUCGAUAACUCUGCUGACUUGGCGGGAGGAGCCGUCUACGUCUCCGACACAGCAAUCGGCCCGACAUUUUCCGACGUUAUAUUCGACUCCAACUCCGCUCAGGUCGGAGGAGCAGUCUCCGCCUUAGGGUCUGGGAACGUGAAAGGGGGCGAAAACGACCAGCUUCUUCCGACCACUUUCAGCCGAUGCCGGUUCACCUUCAACCGGGCAACAGCAACGGGUGGGGCUGUCGACAGCGCGAGUGGACAAGAUCUUUUCGAAGACACCGUGUUUAGGGGCAACCAAGCGGUGACGGGGGGUGCGCUGAGACUGGCGGGCAGGGCGUCUUUAGUAAAUUGUUCAUUUGUGGAGAACAUUUCCGACGAGGGGGAGGGCGCGGCAGUGUCCAACGUCGGUGUCAUUUCGGAGAUCAGCAACACGAGCUUCAGCGGGAACGUCUUCAACUGCGCGCCAGACACAUUCCUGAACUACACUUUUACUUCCGCGGCGAACGUGACCUACCCGGACGUGUACCAGCGCCUCCUGAAUGGCCUGGACGUGUUCAACUUCGAUAUUUCCUGGAUAAUAUCGGCUGGUUGCGUCAUGAACCUUGAUUUUCACGACCGGCUGCUGCUCUCGACGAUCGGUCCCAUCAUGGCUCUGCUAUGCCUGGCGGCAACCUACAGAGCUGGUUCGCGCAUCAACCGCGGAAAUGCGGCGACCCUGCAGCUUGUUUGGGACAGGCAUGUGUCGAUGGUGCUCCUAUUGGUGUUUGUGGUCUACUCCAGCGUCAGCUCUGUUGUGUUUCAGACUUUUGCGUGCGACCAGCUCGAGGGCGGCGGGGAAUACCUGCGUGCGGACUACCGCAUCGAGUGCGAUUCCUCCAAGCAUCAAGGAUUCCGUGUGUACGCAGGGUUCAUGAUUCUGCUGUACCCGGUGGGCAUCCCUGCCUUCUACGGCGCUCUUCUGUUCAGGGAUCGCGACGUGCUGGAAAAGGAUCCGGACGGUCGAGAAGAUCCUCCCCGUGUCGCUUCGAUCUCUAACCUGUGGCAGCCGUACAGGCCUUCGGUGUACUACUACGAGGUGAUUGAAUGCGGUCGCCGUAUUCUGCUGACCGGCCUAGUCGUGUUCAUCUACCCAAACACAGCCGCCCAGAUUGCGAUAACGCUCAUCAUGACCGUCGUCUUUGCGGUGCUCUCAGAAGCCUUACGCCCAUACGCGCAAGCGUGGGACACCUGGGUCAGUCGCGUGAGUCACGCCGUAGUCUUCAUGAGCGUGUACGUCGCGCUCCUGCUCAAGGUAGACGUGUCCAACGAGAAGGGAAGUAGCCAAAAGGUCUUUGAGGCCGUUCUCGUUGCGGCGCACGCUUGCAUGAUUUUGGCGGUUGUGGUGGAGACGAUCUUGCUGGGGUGCCCGUCGAGGGUGAAGGAACAAGACGAACCGGCGCCAAGGGUUGGCGGCGAUAGCGUGACGAUGAGGUUUUCGUACACGAACAAGAUGAAGAUAGGUUGUGCGGGCAACUCGUCUGCUGAGGACGAUGACGACGACCACGUGAACGAGGCGGGCCUGACACCCGUAGGAUGAGGUACAGAACACCGCAUUCUUUACAGGCGAUGUACCGUCAGUGUUUGAUUGGCCGUGCUUGUGUAGCAGAACGCUUGUUA